UUAAAAGUUGGGCGAAAUUUUUGUUUUAUUUUUAAACGGAACAGCUUAUUGUAAUUUUUUCGGUUUUAUCACAAUCCUAUACCUAAAAAGCCAUACUAAUGGCACCUCCUAUUAUCGAAGGAAUUGAUAAUGAAGUUCUUUUCGUGGUUAGCGUUCUGGCGACUCUUUUGACGAUGCUUUUAGUUCACUUGGUGUAUAAUUCAAAUGCAACGAAUCGCACCGCAACAGAACAUGUAUUUGAAUCAAACAUUUCGUCAGAUCCUAACCAAAGUGGUUCUUUUCACCCUACUGAUCGUGCCGAUGAGAACACAAGUCAGGAACAAGGAUCAGCACAAGAGGUUGACUCAGAGAAUAUUGGACUCAGUCAAACAACAACAACACCACUAUAUGAUGAUACUCAUGAUAGGUCAGCGUCACAACCAGAGAAUGACAGAGUGCGCCAGAGAGGACCGACUCAAAGCACAUCUGAUGCUGGUGGCCAACAAGGUCCCACUGAAGAACCUAUAUCAAUCCGUGUCAAAUUCAUGGAGAAUCAAAGGAAUUUAUCUGUAAAUAGAAGUAUAGCAGUUGGAGAAUUGAAAAGGUUAUGUUUUCAGAAUGAACUUAACAAUGGGAUGAGGGUGCGUCUCAUAUACAACGGAAAACUUCUUCAAGAUGACUCUGCUCCAGUCUCUUUUUAUGGAGUCGCCGAUCAGUCCGUGAUCCACGCCCAAAUAUCUGAUGCACAGAGGGUACCAGGGGAACAUUCGGGUAGACAAGAUGAGGAAGGGUUAAUAUUCUCAAUGGACCCUUCAAAGCUCUUCCUUCCUAUCUUGGCAAUUAUUCUUAUACUCUGCUGGUACGGAUUAUUUAAUUACAGGCAUCUGUUCAGUGCUGCAUCAGUAAUCAUUCUAAUUUUUAUGACACUUGCAUUUGGCUUUUUAGUGUACGUCGUAACGUCUUAAGCUUCAAAAGUUAUAAAAGCGUGAACACUUUAGGCGAUAACUCGUCACAGCAAUUCAGUUUGCUUCUAGUAUACGGGGAUAAUAUUUGUGAAGAUGAACAAAAAUGAUGAUAGUUGUAAUAAAGUUGAAU